GUCGUCUGCUGGGGCACUUUGCACAAUCUUUAGAGGUUUUCUUCCCGAACGCUCAUUUGGCAACAUACCAAAAUCAUGAAAUAAAGAAAGUAGGACUUGCGGUGCACUUUGUAUUGUUUACUCCAAAGUUGGAGCAGAGUUGAAAGUCCGAAGGUCAAAAUUGUUUACAUACCACUGGUCACGGGUGGUGGGUGUCUGUGUCGGCUGCUUGGGAAUUACUUGCUUUUCUGCUUUGCCAGAAGUCUAUUCUUUAGGCGCAAUAAUUGUUGGUAACUAUGGCGGUUGGGAAAUUGAUUCGAGCUGUAAUCCUGGGAGCUCCAGCCUCAGGAAAAGGCACACUAUCUGACAAAAUCACUAAACGGUUUUCCAUGGAACAUAUUUCAAGCGGCGAUCUCCUCAGAUUGCAUAUUCAAAACAGGACCGAACAUGGAGAGCAUGUGAAAUCAUUCAUGGCUAAAGGGGAACUUGUUCCCGAUGAAGUUGUAACCAAACUUGUGUUUAGUGAGUUGGAGAAAAGAAAGGAGACAAGUUGGCUCCUAGAUGGAUUCCCAAGGACUGAAAAGCAGGCCAUAAACUUGAUGGGAUCCUACCCUGUCGACAUAGCUCUGAACAUCGUAGUACCAUUUGAAGUAAUAGUGGAAAGGGUCCAAGGGCGUUGGGUGCACUUACCUAGCGGUAGAGUUUAUAAUACAGGUUUCAAGCCACCUAAUAAACCAGGUCUUGAUGAUAUAACAGGAGAGCCUUUAGUUCAAAGGGAGGAUGACAAGCCUGAAGCUGUACUAAAACGUCUAGAGGUCUACAAGAAGACUGUUGAGCCUCUGUGUGCAUACUAUAGAUCCAAAGGUAUUUUAGUUGACUUUCCAGGACGAACAUCUGAACAAAUUUGGCGUGCAUUACAGAAAUAUUUAGAAUCGAGAAUUCAGCCGGCAUACCAUGACUAAGACCUUGAAGAGAAUGUUUAGUUUUGUCUCUUGUGAUAUGACCAUUUGUUAACAGUAUGAGGGAUCGGUAACGUUCAUGGGAUCAUUGCUCUUGUUAUGUUCCUUUUCAUUAAUAUUGUAGGCCAUAGAAGUGUAGGGGUCUUGUAUUAUGUAUGUAUUAUGUAUAUUUGCUUUUGAUGUCAAUUUUGACUGCAUAAUCAAAACAAAACAAACAAGGAUUCAGUGUACCUAUCACUUGGUUGUUUCUGUCCCAUCUGAUUAUAUUCUAGCAAUGUGAUCUAGUGUUCAGGACAGGAUAUAACAUGAUUGCAUCUGCUUAGGAGGUUUUGCUUAAGGCUGUGAUGAUUCAAGUCUCAAAACUAGUCUAAGCUACAUUUUUAUUAUUCAUUUAGUAAGUAUUGAUUGUAAUUGUCAGUCUCACCUUUGUGCAUGUUUCAAGUUAAAUUUAACUUGGCAUGAAAAUUGAUCAUCUUAUUAAACAGAAUUGUUGAGUGAAAAAAAUUACAACAUUGUUCCAAUUCCAGUAUUUUAAUUUUUUUUAGGCUUUAAGAUACUAUUUUUAUUUUUUAGGAAUGAAAUGUGUGGUUUCUUGCUAAUGAACCAGUUUAAGAGAAAGUAUCAAGUACUUAGCAUAGUGAUUGCUUUAAUGGUGUGUGUAUUUUCAAUUUCAUAGCACAAAUUUUAAUGCGCAACAUCUGUCAAAUUGUGAUGAAGCAAAAUAAAACAUUUGAAUGCAUGA